AUGCGCCGACGCUGCGUGGCUGCUGACUUGGGCGAAACGGCAUUCAAUGCCUUGAGGAAAGCUGCUAAGAAACGUCACCUUCAUAUUGUCAAGUGGAUAUUCGAGCAAAAUGUUAUCAAGCGAUGGCACUCAUGGAGGUUAGAGAAGGUUAUUCGGCGGCUUCUUGAGGGUGGGGAGUUGGAACUCGCCGAAAAGAUGCUCCCACCGGACGAUUCCCUUGUGAACUAUGUCGAAUACCUUUCGGGUCCUCAAGUGAUAGAAACACUUAUAGAGAGUGGGGAUUAUCCCAGGGAUAAGUAUUUCCCUUUUAGCGCGCUUUUUUCGCUUGCUUCGACUGGGCGUUUGGAACUUAUCCAGCAAAUUAGCGAACACAUUACCCCAGGUGCUGUAUCUUCAGAUCACUUCUUAUGGAGGGAUGCCUUGCAAGAGGCGUGCAAGAGUGGAAACGUGCCUGUAUUGCGAUGGUUUUUGGAACACGAAAUGGCUGGCGUGAUUCACCCCAGCAACCUUCUCGAUCUAGCCGCUGGAGAGGGCCAUCUCAACGUGAUGCAGUAUGUUUGCGAGCUGCCAGAUGCCACUAACUACUACUACGAGAAUGCUCUGGAGAGUGCGAUCCGUGAAGACCAGUUGGAGGCUGUCAAGUUUUUGCUACGGCAACUUUUGCUGUCUGGCAAAACCCCGGCGUGGCCUGUCGUCCGUCGUGCUGCACAUCAUGGCCGUUUGGAAAUGAUCAAGUUUUUCUAUAGCUUGGAGACGCCAAGCGGGCUUGGCAUAGAUCCCAAUGAAGUUGAAGUGAAGGAUACUUGGUGGAGAGAUCUCGAUGGGGCUGCGGAAGCCGCUGCCAGCGAUGGACAUCUUGCUGUCGUUCAAUGUGAGUUUCCUGAGAUUUUUCAAAAGAUAUGCCCGGAGUUACCGAAAAACGUACAAGCUUGGCUAGAUGCUCGGACUGAAGAGGCUGGAUUGAUCAAGUCCACGAGUGAACGAUGCUGA